CUUUUUUCCUCUUCAGUACUUUGAUUUGAUGAUUUUGUGAGUAGUUGAUAAUCUCGUGUUGCAGUUCUUGAAUCAAAGUUAACUUUUGUGGCGAAUAAACAGAAAAAAGAGAGUGGAAAAACAAAGAUAAAAGAAGAAGAGUUGGUUUUGAUUUGAUUGCUUUGAAGAAUCAAUCAAUCAAAAUUGGAUGAAUCGCAGCAGAUGAUGAUUUGUUUUUGGUCUCAGAAUGCGAGAGAAGGGAUUAACGCUUGUCUUCACGAUUACGAUAGGCUCAUCAAUGUCGCUGUCAUCCUCAUUUACAUCCAAAUUGGUUGUUCCUUGAUCGGAUCCCUCGGCGCAUUAUACAACGGUGCGUCGCUGAUGAAUUUGGAGAUCGCAUUAUUCACUUUGGUUGCCAUCGCGAGCAGCAGUCAAAGCUUGGGCCGAACCUACGCCAUUUUGCUAUUCUGCGCCAUUCUCCUCGACAUCUCUUGGUUCAUCCUCUUUUCCCGCGAUAUUUGGAACACGUCCAACCAAAGUAAUGAGAUGUUGUUGGUCUUCUCGCUCAGAUUAACGCUUGCCAUGGAGAUCUUGGGGUCUUGCGUAAGAUUCUUUUCGUCCCUGUUAUGGAUUCAAAUAUAUAGACUGGGAGCUUCGUAUGUAGAUAGUUGUUCUAAUCUGCGAGAACCCGAUGUGAGAAAUAGUUUUCUCAAUUCCAGACAGCGCUCCAACAGUGAUUCCGAUGACGCCGUAGGAUCUCAUUACUCUUCUCUUCUUGACGACCGUCAGCAACCCGAAAGUUCUUAGCUAAAGCCAUCGCUUGGUAGGACUCUUUCUGGCUAAUCAUGUGGAGAAUACUACAAAAGUGACCCAGACUCAUUGAAUUCAACCACAACUGUAAGAGGUUCAGCUUGGUAUUCCUACUUUUGAAGUUUCUUAAAUUUGUUCGGCACAGCCUGAGAAAUUGGCGGGUGUGGGAUUUGUAGAACUUCCUGCUCUGUCAUUCUUUUCCCAGGAUGUAGGUGGAGCUAGUAGAGUUAGAUGUUCAGUUUAUCUUGUAAGAAAUAAACUCGAAAGGGAUUUCACGAUUUGUAGGUUUAUAGUUAGCAGGGCAUUGUUACUUUUUUAGCUCUAAAGUGUAGAUCAGAACCACAUGGGUGUGGUAACAGCUCCCUCUUGAACAUGCUUGGGAUUAACAUCGAGAUAUUCAGAAUGCUAUAUGAGGGAUGCCCUUGAGAUAUCUCUAGAUUCUAUUGUAAGUGUCAUCCUUUAGAAAGCAGAAAUAAUAAUUCGCCUUUCGUUUGU